UUACCAUGUGGAAGACCAGGUCGGGCGCGCAGUGAAAACCGUGGUGGACGCUUAUAACCUGCUGCAUGAGGUCACCACCACCCCCAAGGUCUGUGGCGCCCAGUGCUACUUGAAAAGGUUCAAAAAGAAAAUGGAAAGAUCGAGCAACAGCAUGGUUCCUCCUGUGUCUCGGGAGGAGAUAUUCGUCACAACCAAGCUGUGGAAUGACGCGCAUGCGCGAAGCGCGGUGGUGCCCGCGCUCAGGGCGUCGCUCGCGCAGCUCCGGCUGAGCUACGUCGAUCUUUACCUCAUGCAUUGGCCAUUAGGACAGUUUGCAAACGGCACGUACGACUCGACACACUACCUGGAGACCUGGCGAGGCAUGAUGACUGCGCGGGCGCGCAACCUGACACGCUCCAUCGGCGUCAGCAACUUCAACCAGCUGAUGCUAGAGAACAUCAGGUUGCACCAGCUGGCCACGCCGGCUGUGCUGCAGAUCGAGUGGAACAUCAACCUGCAGCAACCCGAGCUGCUGGCCUACUGUCGUCAGCACAACAUCUCCGUGAUGGGCUACACGCCGUUCGGCGCGCUCAUGGACAAGCGGCGCGCCGACUCGCCCACUCGCAUCGACGAUCCACUGCUGACCAAGAUGGCCGCCAAGUAUGGGAAGAAUGUACCGCAGAUAUUACUACGAUACGCUGUCGAAAUGGGAGUAGUCCCGAUCCCAAAGUCCAUAACCAGCAGUCGAAUUUUCGAGAACAUCGAAAUUUUCGACUUCGAGCUCGACGAGAGCGACAAACGGACGCUCCGGGACUUCGACCGCGGCUACAGAACCGUGCCCCAGCUCAAGUGGAGGGACCACCCCUUCUACCCCUUCGAGAUGAUGCCGGACAACAGUACCACCACUACUACCACCACUACCACCACUACUGCCGCUACUACAAGCACUGUAAACACGGAGACAAGUAAACCACAAGUGAUUUCUGAAGUAGAUUUUAACGAUAAAACUGCUAGAAUGAGCUUUAGGGAUAUAAAGAUAUAAUAAAUAUAUUAAACAUUGA